GAGAAAUGUGAAAAGCAUGAGCCCUCCCCUCGAACCCCAUCAAGGAUCCCACUCCCCCCUCCUCCUCCCACGUCCCACCCAGAUCUCAUACUACAACAAAAUACAAGAAUGCCUUUCAGAAAACACAUCCACAUCGCCAUCCUCGACACCGACCUCCCCGUCCCCACCAUCUACGCCCACCGCGGCCUCUACAGCACGCAGUUCCGACACCUCCUCCGCGCCGCCGCCGCCACCAUCAACCCGGCCUACGAACUCCACACCACAGCCUUCGACGUGGUAGGCGGCCACCUCCCCGCCUACGCCAGUCUAUCCCAGCACUCCUCAACCUCAACCCCCCGAGCCACCUCCACCCACACCGCAGCAGCCGAAGAUACAACCCUAAACCCGCUAUCCAUCCCCAUAACCGCCAUCCUAAUCACGGGAUCCUCCGCCGCGGCCUACGACUCCACUAAACCCUGGAUCCCGCCCCUCAUCACUUUCCUCCAAACCGUCCACUCUCAGUAUCAGGGUGUCCGGCUCUUCGGCAGCUGUUUCGGACAUCAGAUCCUCGCCCGGGCACUGCUUGAGCUGCACACAGCGGGCCAGCAGCCCUACGUGAGUGUUGAGCCUGCUCCGCAUGGGAAGGAGGUCGGGUUGAAGAGUGUUGUCCUCACCCCAGAGUUUACGGGGGCGUUUCCCGGGGCGUUUCCGCACCGCCAGAAUAUCCAGCUCGAUGAGCAAGGGGCAAAGGGCACGGAAGGGAGAUGGGAGUGGAACAUCCAGAUGAUCCACGGCGACCACGUCCGGGUCUGUCGGCCUUUGCCGGCGGGGUGGUGCGUGGUCGGGGCGAGUGAGGAGUGUGCGGUGCAGGGGCUUUAUGACCCGGGCAGGGUGCUGACCUAUCAGGGGCAUUUUGAGUUCGAUGCGGAGGUCAACCGCGAGACGUGUGUGGAGUUUGGGAGGCGGGAGGGGUGGAAGGCUGAGGAUGUGGAGAGGUGGGUGCAGGCGAUUGGGGCGGAUGAUGAGGGGAGUGAUGCGGUGGGGGCGGCGGAGGUGGUGGUGAGGUUUUUUGCGGGGGAAGAUGAUCAUCAUGGGGAUGGUGCUGCUUUGUUGGGGGGUGGUGUUGGGGUGCUGGGAGUUGGGGAUGGUAGUGGUGCAGGGAAAUAUGGUGAGGAGAAGACGGGCUGGGGUUGGAAUUGGCUUAAGCUGCUGCGGUGGAAGGAUGAUUAGGAUUGGUUACUGGGACCGGAAUUUCAUAUCGAUUUGGAGUAAGUAUAGAUA